AUGUCGUCUCAACUCUCGCCAAAUCAUCCCUCUAUCGAAACCAGCCUCAAAGAUCCUAGCUACUCAGACCCUUACCUCUCUGCUCCUCUCGACCCAGAUGAAGCUGCUUUCCGGUCGUCGGCCAUCCGCUUGACUCCAGCGCCUGAUGAUAUUCCUGCAGCUUCGUCUCCGGCUCCCUCAAAUUUCCAUACGAACGGCAUCGCUACACCCAGUAUCGAUACAUCAUGUUUCGACCAGGACUCGUUACAUCCAGACAACAGCAGCGCAUCUGUUUUCGGCCCGGGCGAGGAACUCUUGAGCAAUCCUAGCUUAUCCUCUCCCAAUGCGGAUGACGGAAUGACGGGCUUGAACCUGAACCUGAAUUUGAACCCCGCCGAUUUCACAAAUAAUUGGCAGCAAAACUCGUCUACAUCGCUUGGGACACAGCAGCAUGGUUUGGAAGCCAUGGAAUUAUCUUCUCCCCAGCCAAUUAUGCCGGCUGCCCAGCUUCUCAGCCCCAGUUUGUCCGAACAUACAAGUCCAACCUCGGACCUGGGCAAUCUAUCAUAUUUUCCUUCUGGUAAUGAUGCGCUCCUGUCUCCUGAAGGCUCCCAGAAGAACGGCACACUGCUGCCAUCGCUAAUCACCACUCCACUCAACGACAAUUUGAGUGCUCAUGCAGAUCCGGAAUCUGCCAGAGCCCGGAGCCCCAUUGUGAUGGUGGAAGACACUUCAGGCGAUUUGCCGAGUGCCACCAUCCACAGUCGACGUCCGUCCUCCGCCUAUCUCUCUCCGGGCGGCAUGGAUGACGACGAAGACAUGGACGAUGAUUGCUCGUCCAUUUCCCGUGCCUCUGAUGGAUCAUGGAUCCGGAACACGACCACCGGGCUGGGCGGUGUGGACCCAACUCUGAGAGAAGAUAUUUGGGUGCCCAGCCCCAACGACAUGGAAGUCCAUCGCCAGAUAUUUGAAAAGACCGCCGACAUUCAUAGCUGGACGGCUACCGUCAGUGCAGCCACGAGCGAGGUGGGAGACGAUAACCUCCUCAGCGUUCGUGGCCGAGGCGCCCGGCCGGCGCACCGUCGUCGUGCAAAGAGCACGGGAGACGCGUCCCUGCAACUGGACUAUCUCAACUACAGCUCUCAGUAUAACAGCCUCGCGAUUCCCGGUCCAGGCAUUCUGAUUCAGGAAAAGAGCGACGUUGGGUCCAGUGAACCCGACUCAGCAAGCAGGUCGGAAUCGCCCGUUGCCAGUAUUCUCCUGACUACGGAGGAUGAAAUGGACCACGAUAUUCCCGCCAACCAACCCAGCUUGGAAUAUGAGGAUCCCCUGCCUAGCCAGUUCAUUCGCGCUCGCCAGUGGCAGGAUAACCUCCAGGGUGACAGCUCGACUGCCGCCAUGCUAGAGUUCCAGCAAAGAGCUAGAGAAAUGGACAAUGCCUCGCGGAUGGCCACUUGGGGUACUCGACACGUCAACGAAGCGGAAGUCAGCAGCAUCGUUGGCGGUGAUUCCAUGGAAAAGUUGACAAUUGGCGAACAGGGCAGAGGCAAAGAGCGGCGAAGUAGUCUUCUAAGCCUUCUUCCUCGAGCUGCUUCCCCGCUGAAACGGCAGCGGUCGAUGGAACUCUCCCUCGACACGCCGGCUUCGAACAACAAAGGUGUCCAGGGCCAAGCUGGCGUGCAAAGGAAAACCAGCGUGUCUUCAAACCGCCGGAAGCUCAGUAUUGGACGCUCCCCAAGGUCGACCAGCAUAAGCACUGGCGGCGCGAUGGCUGCGAUUGCCGGUUCGAUGGCGGCCAUCGGUGGUGGGAACAGACUUUCGCCCGGUCCUCCUGCUGGUUGGUCCCGUGGAAGAAGCAAGAGUGAAGUCCCGCCACCUCCGCCAGAUCUGAUGGUUAGCUUUGGUGGGCCCUCCCCGGUUCCCAGCCCUGGAUCUUUCCCAGAAAAGCCGCAGCAGUUGAUCGACCAGGCACGGAACGGGAGAAAUGCCGGUAGGGAGGACGACGAGGAUGAGGAAGAGGAGGGAAUGGUGAUGGAGUUCCCAGUUCAAUCACACCUCCCCGUUCCGACACAUGAUGGGUUCAAAACGCAGAUCACCCAGUUGAACCCUCGGCUGGCGUCCUCACUGGUCGACCGUCUGGCGAACGAGCAGGUUCGCCGGUACAAGAAGCUCGUGGACCAGAAGGCCAGCCACUCUCGUGCCAUCGCUUCCCACUCGUGCAGUGCUGGGAAACACUGCUUUGGACAGGGCGGUGAAGCGAAAAUCCUGUCCCCUCGGACGACCAGCGCCCAGGAUGCGAAUGCACAAACACAGUUUCAGAUUCCCGGUUCCGAUGUCGCUGAUGAGGAUUCGGAGGACCUUGGCGAAGGCACUGUCACGGCGGCCCAAUUUCCUCCUGGGGUUCCCCUGCCACCGGUGCAGCGCCUCCCAGCCGAAUUCGAAUGUCCGUUUUGCUUCAAGGUGAAGAGUUUCCAAAAGCCGUCGGACUGGUCCAAGCACGUGCACGAAGAUGUACAACCGUUCACUUGCACGUUCCAGCGCUGCAAUGAGCCCAAGUCCUUCAAGCGUAAAGCGGACUGGGUCCGACACGAGAGUGAGCGGCACCGGCAACUGGAGUGGUGGACCUGCACGAUGCCCGAUUGCAGCCACACAUGUUACCGGAAGGACAAUUUCGUGCAGCAUCUCGUCCGCGAACACAAGAUGCCGGAGCCAAAGGCGAAGAAGGGUACCACCAAGAAUAAAGGAGAAGAGAGCCAGCGCGACCGCGAAAUCGCACGACUCUGGGAAUUGGUAGAGAAUUGCCGACACGAAACGACUAAGAACCCGCGGGACGAGCCGUGCCGGUUCUGCGGAAACGUGUGCAGCAGCUGGAAGAAACUUACAGUCCAUCUGGCUAAACAUAUGGAGCAGAUUGCUCUACCGGUCCUGGGACUUGUGCAGGAACGCGAAGUGGGGCCUACACAUACAAACUCCAGCCCUGCGGCAGUUUCCAGACAAAAGUCGAGUAUGCCUGUGGCCUUUGGUCAAGAUAACAUGGCAACAUUCAACUUGACAUAUCCUCCCCCGCAAUUGACUACGACACAAGACGGGUACCUCUCCGCAGAGCCCGUGUCCACAACGCAGGAUGGCUUCCUAUCCGCAGAGCCUGAGUCGAUGAAUUUGUUCGAAGAGUUGGCAUCGCCGCAGUUUCUACAUCCGGAAACGGGACAUCACUCUCCCCUUCAUCAGAGCUCAGUCUCAUAUCCACCUCCAUUCAAUUCAAUGUCACGACCGCAUACACCCAGUAAUCAUGAUGUCAGCAGCAACCCGGACAUGAGCAGCUUCUACAGCCCUAGUCCGGUCGUGCUCUCUCCCGGACCAUUAGACACGGGCUACGACGCACAGGAAUCAAUGUUUCUGUCCCCGACAACAGAGGAGGACUACUUCAAACCGGAUCUGACAGCCACAUCUUUGUCAUAUGACUCUGGGAUGGCGCAUCAUAUGCAGAACCAUUAUAUGUAA